CCGCGAGAAUUGCUUUUAUAGAGGCUCAAGCUGGAUCUUGUCUGAGUAAGGAGGGAGGUGGCUGGUGCGCUUGUUGCAGGUGCCGCGUCCUGCCCACAGGACCUGUACAUUGGCGACAAUGUCUGGAAGCUUCUACUUUGUAAUUGUAGGCCAUCAUGAUAAUCCAGUUUUUGAAAUGGAAUUUUUACCAGCUGGAAAAGUGGAAUCUAAGGAUGAUCAUCGUCAUCUGAACCAGUUCAUAGCUCAUGCAGCCCUUGACCUAGUAGAUGAAAAUAUGUGGCUGUCUAACAAUAUGUACCUGAAAACUGUGGAUAAAUUCAAUGAGUGGUUUGUUUCUGCUUUUGUUACUGCAGGCCAUAUGAGAUUUAUUAUGCUUCAUGAUGUAAGACAAGAAGAUGGAAUAAAGAACUUCUUUAGUGACGUCUAUGAUUUAUAUAUAAAGUUUGCAAUGAAUCCAUUUUAUGAACCAAAUUCACCCAUUCGAUCAAGUGCAUUUGACAGAAAAGUUCAAUUUCUUGGGAAGAAACACCUUCUAAGCUGAAUACAGAAAACUUCUUAAAUAUGUGAUGUCAGUAUGUAUUGUAAGAGCCAAUCAAGUCUACUGUCUAGUCUUGGGUUUCUAAGCUUCUGUAAAUUAACCACCUUUCUAGUUAGAAAGGCUGUAGGGCACCUUUUGUUGUCAUUUUUGCAAAUGAUACAACCAACAUAACUUGUACUUUUGAAAAAUACCGUAUUUAUGAAGAAUGUCAGAUGAAGUGCCCUGACAAUUAUUUUGGCUUUAAAAAUUGUUUAGAAGAUUCUACUUUGAGUGGUUUAAUAUCUUAAUUAAACUGUAAAUUAGGCAAAUGUCAUAUUGUUGAUUUGGUUAACAGAUCUUAAACUGAAAUAUAAAAAUUGGCUCACAGUAGGAAAUAAAAUUUAUAGCAUACACAUGGAUCAUUUAUUUAUAAAUAAAGGCAAUAUUCAUAGUGCUGAAGAAAAGCUUUUUUUUUGUUUGUCAAAUUUUGUACUAAGCAUUUAUCUGAGAGCAUCAAGUAUCAAGCCUGGUAAGUAAUACCCAGCAAACCGAAAACUUAAGAGCAUGAAUAUAAAAUUCUACCUGUAAAUGAAAUGAAGUGGUUGUUGAGACUAAAAGUUAAGUAUGUAAACAGUACACCUUUGCAUAAUCUUUUAUCAUUGUUAUGUAUUUGGAAUCUUGAGGAUGUUUUCUUUCCUCAACAAGAAUAACAAGAAUAACAACUGCAUUUCCUCUUGAUAAAUUAAUUUCAUACUUUUGUAAAGGUAUUUGGCUUUCAGGAAUAACCUGAAUUAAAUUAAAUUUUGGCAGUUUGAUAGUAAGCAUAUAGAGUAGGCUGUAACUAGAAAAGUUGCCUGGGGGUUUUUGCAUUGUACAAAGUAUGGAAUCUUAUUCUAUAAAUUGUGUUGUAUUUGUAAACAGAUGACAUGACCAUAACCCUGGAAAAGCUACAAAUGUCUAGAAAAUAUUAUUGAAUACGAUAUAAUAAAAGGGAACUUUUAAGUAACA